CAAGUACCGCACAACUUCCUUACUACUUCAUCUCUUGUUACCCUCUCCAACAAAAAUCAAUGGCGCGAAGAAACAUGGAAAUGGCGGUGGUGGUGCUGCUUGGCCUGUUGGCUAUGGUACAACAGACCAUGCAACUGAGCCUGAAAAACCCUCUUCCUUUGUUAUCCCGUAAUAUCAGAACUGACGACACGCCAGCAUUUGGCCUCAUUACCACUUCCUAUAGCGCUGAAAAGGCACUUAAUGAGUCUGGUUACUUUGUUCCUACUUCAUAUACUGACUUGUUUGGAAGAAGAUUCGUGACUGGAACAAUUUAUGGAGCCAGAGUUGUGUACGUCAGAACUUCAAGCUCUCCAUCAGUACAUGCUGGAAUCACUGUGCAAAUUAUGGCGGAUAACUUCAACCUUGCAGGAAUUGUUCAUUUUGGAAGUGCUGGAACCACUAAUGAAACAUUGAGCAUUGGCACUGUUUCUGUUCCCCGCUUUGUUGGCUUCACAGGCUCUUGGGAAUGGCUGAGCAAAGACUCGAAUGAACAAGGGGAACUCGUUAUCGGAGAUUUCAAUUAUCCAGAAAAUGGUCAGAAUUUGUUGGGAAGUAUUAAGUACGAUGAAAUAGACAUUUACUACAAGGGAAAAAUCUUGGAGAGUUUCUGGGUCUAUCCUUAUGCAAGGUGGCUAUUGUAUGCCUCCAGGAUUCAGAUUGACUCAGGAGAUGUUAUUGUUGGAUUGAAUUCUUCUAGUUCUGACAUUUACGUGAACAACCCUGCAUACAGAGAGUUCCUCUACAAGAGUUUUAGAGUUUCAACUGUUGAUACUAGCAGUGCUGCUGUGGGCUUGGGAGCAAAGUCGAAUGCUCUAAGGUUUAUUUCGUUCCAAGGAAUAUCAAACUCCGCAGGUGCUGGAGAUACCAGCCAGAGUGCUACUGAAUUGGCCAGCAAAAAUGUUGUCAAUGCUGUAAUCAACUUUAUUUGGCAAGCCACUGUGCCUCGUUAUGCUCAUGAAGCAUAGAUCUUUAGAUUUCAUGUAUGUUGCUGAUUUUCCCUUUUGAGUACUAAAUAAAAGCUAUGUCCAAAUGUACUCAAAUGGGUUAAUUUCGUAAUGGCAAUGAAAUAACUUGUUAUGUAUA